UGAAAUUUGGAUUAAACCUUCUUAGAUAUAUUUGUAGUUUUGAACUUUUCUGUGUCGCGCUCCACCCGCAUGGGACCGUAUAUCGUUCACCAGCCUUGUCUUCUCAGCGCACCAGCUCUCAUUUCACCCCGUUUUCAUCCCGGCCUCUAUUCGUCUCGCGCCCUCGUCAAUCACCGCAUCACCCACCGCCAUCCAAUCGCUCGUCGCCAUGUCGGCCGCACGACAGCGACUGUCCGCCGCGAUCCGAUCGAAUGGCCGCGUCAUGCACUUUCUUGCUCACCGUGCCGAUCAGGUCUCCAGGUCUCCUUCCACUCUGCCCUCUGCCACCACCACCACUCUCCCCGCGCCCCCGCACCUCCCCCACCCGUCGCACUCCUCACAUGCGUGCAGCAGUGGCGGUGCAGCAGGGAAGGGCGCCGCCACCCCCGCAAACGCACACGCACACGCACGCGCACGCGCACGUGGCAAGGCGGCAGCAGCAGCCACGACGGGUGAUGGCAGUCGGAUGAUGCGAGAGAUGCGGCAGAGAGUGUGCGAGUCUGAGGCGCGUCAACUGAGAGGCGCCAGCCACAGCCUCGACCAGCUCAGAUGCUUCACCACUGCUCCAGUGCUGGCGUCAGCAUGGGGUUCGCCAUCAUCAACCGCAGCCGCGGCAGCUGAAGCGCCCUCUGCCCCUGCCAAGGACGGAAAGGCGGAUGAAGGAGAAGAGAGCAUCACAGUGACGUUCAUUCAGAGGGACGGCACGGAGGCCACGGUGCAGGUGCCUGUGGGCACCAACAUGCUGCAGGCCGCCCAUGACAACGACAUCGACCUCGAAGGUGCAUGCGAAGGGUCACUGGCCUGCUCCACCUGCCACGUCAUAGUCAUGGACGAGGACCAAUACAGCAAGAUGCCCGAGCCAACGGACGAGGAGAACGACAUGCUGGACCUCGCCUUUGGCCUCACAGAAACGUCUCGCCUCGGCUGCCAAGUGAUUGCCACCAGGGACCUUGACGGUGUGCGCCUCAAGCUGCCCUCCGCCACUCGCAACUUUGCAGUGGAUGGCUUUGUGCCCAAGCCCCAUUGACCACUCGUGCCACUUUGUGCCCUAGCCCCGCUGACAACUCAUGCUGCAAUCAUGUCGUUGUUCUCAGAGUAGCACAAGUAACUACCAACAAGGGAGUACAGGAGAGAUCUAGGGUUGGUGUCGUACCCUCUAAGAACCAAACCCUAUCUAGCCUGAAACUUCUACAUACGGUAUAAUGCAUAUGUACAAGUUGACACACU